GAUGUGAAAGAUUUUGUGAAUGGAACAGUCUUCAAAAAAUUAUUGAAGUGAAUUAAAAGUAACAAACGAGUAGUAAAGAUGCGUUUUUUUAUUGUAUUUGCCAUCAUUGCAGCCAUCCUGUGUGCUUUGGCUGUAGCUGAAGAAUCAAAUCAACAGGAAUUGAUCAGAAAUAAACGACAAUUCGGUUACAAUCCUUACUAUGGAGGUGGUUUCGGUGGCUUUGGUAGACCAGGUUUCGGAGGUGGCUAUUACGGACGUCCAGGCUUCGGUGGUGGUUUCUAUGGAAGACCAGGAUUUGGUGGUGGGUUAUUCCGUCCAGGAUUUGGAUUCUAUGGUUAAAGAUAUAUAGGAUCUAGUACAAAUGUUGGUGAUAAUAUGCAAGAUACGUUAACGAUUAAAAAUUAAGAUUUGUAUAAUUGAAUAAAUAAAAAAAAAUAUGUGUAAUAAUUC